AUGGUCAAUAUCAGCACAGGACCAGUGUACUCUUCAUCUCACAAGAGCACCACCGUUUUUGAAGAGCUUGGUCUGCCUGAACCUCCAAAGAGACCAAUUAGUCCUUUUAUAAAUUUUUCAGCUGCAGUAAGGAAGGACUUGCUAACUGGAAAAUCAUUAGGAGAACGGAGCCUUGAGUUGUCAAAGAAAUGGGAAAGUUUACCUCUUGGUGAAAAGAAUAAGUAUCUCAAGCGUUAUGAUGAAGAGAAGGCUAAGUAUUUGGCUGAUAAGGAAAGCUACCAAAAGAGUAUUGGCAAGGAGCAGCUAGCACAAAUAAAGCUUCUGAAACAACGGAGAAAACUUGAGCAGCAGAUCGAAUUGGAGAUCAAGAAGAAAAAACUCACACAAAAGGAAGACUCUUUUGUCUUUGGAAAGCCUAAGGUUCCAUUGAACUCAUUCUUUUUGUACCUCAAUGAAGUUUCGCAACAGGGAGAAACAUUAAACCAAGAAUUUAUAUCAAAGAAGAGUCGCGAGUGGAAGGCAUUGGGAGUCGAAGGCCAGGAGCAGUACAGACUGAGGGCAUCGAAGCUCAGGGACGACUACAAUCGGGACCUUCAAAAGUGGGAGACGAAAAUGAUCAAGGAGGGCCGAAAUGAUUUGGUCCGUAAAAGCACCCUGGCGUCCGUCCUCAAGAAUGACCCCAAGAAAGAAUUGAACUACAAGGCAGCCAAAAAAUAGGAUAGCGCGGUGGGUGAUGCUCGAGCCGUUACUGAUGCAUAUACUUUGAAUGCUUCAGAAACUAGCAACAAAAUGGAGUCAAACACGAGAUCUCAUAGUAAGAAUAGUAGCUUGUAUAAAGAGGGUGAAAGCUUGAAAUUGGAAAGUAAGCCAUUAAUGGAUGACAACACAGUGGAAAAAUUCUCGAAUAGGAAACCGAAAUAUAUUAUUUCUAGAAAAGGUCCCGGAAUAGAAGUAGAUGAAUUAUAUUCUGAUAUCAGUGCAAAGGCUGUAAUUGGUAAGUCUAAGAAGAAUCGUUUAACGGUUAAGAAAUCGAGCCCUGAUAUGAUCACCACCCUAACUGUAGCUCAAAAUGAAAGAAGCGCAUCUUCUUUGCGUGACGUUCUUGGUGCCAGCUCAAAGACUGAGCGUCGUGUUUGUGUUGGUAAUUCUUCCAGUGAUGUGUCAGACACAUGCAAAGUAAAUGAGUUUGGAAAGGAUGCAGAAGAAGAGAAUUUGGUGGGUGUUGAAGAUCAGGCAGCUGAUAUGCGGCUCCUGUUGACUGCCAACCAGACUAAACAGCCAUCAGAAUUGGAGUCUCAUUCUACCGGCCAUGCUGAAGGCAACCAAGCCAUCCAUUGCGCUGCUAAAUCCACAGUAACGUCAAGUCUCUCUGAGGACUUGUCUGUUUCGAGUUCCACAUGCCAUGUCAGAAACGAAGUAGUGAGGCUCUGCGCUGCUAAACCUUUCAAUUCUGCUGAAUUCUCUUGUCCCCACGUCAAUUGUGUUCCAGAAUCCAAUAGUCAGGUUUCCUCUGCUUUGACUUGCUAUAUUAGACCGGUCGAACAUGAUGAGCGCGGUUUUUAUAAUGUCGCUGCUCGAGAUCAUCAAAGUAAAGACAUAUUUUCGGCAUCACCCACCAAUGUUUGUCGUCAUGAUCCUAUUUCGGUUGUUAGAUUACCUGAAAAACGAGUUACUUGCUGCGACUUCAAGUCGCCUGCCUCAGUCGACGUUCUGUGCCAACUUGAUUCCUAUGAAACUGCGAGCCAGAACAAGAAAGAAGUGGAGUCUCUGUCUGUGGUAACUGAAAAUCAGGUUUCGUCGCAAGCUGUUCCAGAGUUAGCCGUAGAUGAUGGAAGAACAGAUGAAAAUUCUGGAGACAUUGUGCGAGGUAACGAUUUUCAAUGUGGCUUUUCUAACCCUUACGUUCCGAUUUUCAUCAAAGAUGUGGACGGUCAAGAUGCUGGUUUGAAGCAGAGUUGCAAAACGAGCAUUGUUUUAAAAAUUAACAGUUCUGAGAUUUCCACUGAACCGAAAAAUCCAAUGUCAAUCUGCCUCACCCGAAAUCCUGCAUGUUCAGAAAUUAACAAUUCACGCAACUAUAUAGUAGAGCCAUAUUCCUCGUGUUCACCUUAUCUGGUGCAUCAAGAACUACUUGAUAUCGGAACCACGAGUUCUUCACUGCAGGAUUUCUGUUUUCAAAGCGCAUUGCCAGUCUCAAAAAUAAAUGUAAAUAUCGCGACUUGGUUGUGCGAAUCCUUCAUUAACAGCGCAAACGUGGUGGCCGUGCCCGUUAUUUUGAUUGUAUUUUGUCUCAUUUAAUUGUAGCCUCUAACGGAUCAUUUUUCCCUCAUGUGCCUUCGUAAUAAGUUCAGUAUAUAGGUUUAACAGGAAAUACAAGCGACAUAACCAUCGCUGCCUAAAAGUGAAGUGUAAGAACUGCUGAUGUCAUUUUGUAGUACAAAUUUAAUUUAUGGUUGAGGAAAUUCACUGGUUAAAAGUAAUUAAUAAUUAAUUUUCAUGUUCUGCAAUAUUUGAGCCUCAUUUCCUUUCUCAAACUGUGGUACUUCUAAACUUGAGAUUUCUACAAAAACAUCGUUAUUUUUGAGGCAUCUCUCCGUUGUGUGUAUGAUGAGCAACUUCGUAGUUGGUCACAUUUUUUGUAAACCAACCGAUUUGCGAUGAAUUUAGUUGCACUACUAUCUUUAUUUUGUAGCACAAUAGUCGCAUUUUUUCGUUAAUGAUCCAUUGUUUUCUUUUUUUGAUAAAUUUUGCCCAUGCGCCUGAAAGAACCUACUUAUUUCCCCUUAAUGUAACUCGUCUUACUUAAUUGGAGUUAAAACUACAUGAUGAUUCUCAGUAUCUUUAAUUUUAAUAUUAUGAGUGAUUUAAUUUUUUUCAUUCAUUUUUAGUUUUUUUGAAGAUUGGAGUCAGUGCUUGCCUCGACGUCUUGUUCUUUUGUAAUUAGGCUGUCGCAACUAAAUGCACAUUGCUA